AGACUCUUACACAUUAUCAGCCACCUCCAGUGCCUACAUUUAGACGUAUUGUUUUAAAUGUGAUUUGCCUGAAAGUGAAUACUGAUUCACUGUUAAAAAUGGCUGAAAUAUAUACUAAUAACUAAGAAUACUCAGAAAACAAGAGCCAAAUAGUUAUUAAGCAACAAUUAAUCUCAUAAAAAAGCUUACUUAGCAUUUUUGUGUGAUGGGAGGGGUGGCAAGACUAGACUAGAGGCGGAUCUGGACUAUGAAGAACCUUGACGAGUGACUACAAGUGUCUCCUGCUAGUCUCAGCUGGUCUCUAGUGUUAGUGUGUGCUAUGAUGAACUAGUGCAACUGGAAUGUGUUAAUUGAAGGGAAAUAUAGUCAGGUGGAGCUGCAUAUAAUGUGGGUAACAUGGUGGAGGUUAGGAGGUGGUCGAGUGACAUAGGUGUUGUGGAUAAGUAUCGCGGAAGUGUGUGGUCUACCAGACCUUACCAAGGCUGCCACAACCUCCCCACAGUUUCCAAAAUAAGAAACUUACCUCUAAAUAGUGACAAAUGAAAAUAAUGAAGCUAGUGUUGGUGCUUUUAUAUGAUAAACUCCCGUGUGUGUUGAAGAGGCGUCAGUCACCACCAUGAAGUCAUCUCAUCUCUGGAUUGCUAUACACUUUCUUUUUGUCGUUGAUGGUGCUGUGAGCAACAACUCUCCCCCGGUGCUGAGGUCUACCAAGGACUGGUAUGUGACUGAAGAUGAGGAGGUGGGCUCCGUGGUGACACGUCUGCAAGCCUCCGACCAGGAGAAGGACCACAUCACCUUCACGUUGGAACCUCAGAAUAAAGGAGACACCAUUCAAGAGUACUUGCUGAUCGACUCUGAAGACAGAGUCAGGAUUGCCAAACCCUUGACUGGACUGGCAGGAGCUGGCACUCUUUCCUAUAUGUUGAGAGUAAGACUUGAUGAUGGUACCACCGACAUCGUCACUGAGGUCAGACUCGAAGUAUCCAAGGCUGGCCAGGGAGGUGCAAAACUGCAACCAGGCCUCAGAGGUUUUGGAAUAAAUGGGAACUUCGGAAGACCUCUUAAUUUUGGUGCAUUUGGAGACUACAGUGGGCCAUAUCCUUCAAUUCCCACUCCUGCUGAUUCAACUCGUUUACCCGUCCUGACAGUCAACACAACAUGGGUGGUUGAUGGUGAUGCCGCUGUGGGCUCAGUAGUAGAUACAUUGCGAGUAAUUGACCUGACAGGGGAAGGUUACAUCAUUGGCCUGGAAGGAGGACAAGGCCUGGUCCAAGUGAACUCUGGCUUGGGCCUUGUUACUGUUGCUGCCUCUCUUGCCCAUCAGAUUGGAGAUCAUUUUCUGAAUGUUACAGCAACAAGUCCCCAUGGUACAGUGUUAGAGCCAGUGGUUCUAAAGGUGUUACCUCCAUCAUCUCCUCCACCAACCCAAGUGCCUUUGCCCGUCCCUGAAAGCCCUAGGGCUGGCAUAAAUAAGCAACAGGACCUAAGGGUGGUUGGAGGCAGUGGCAAUGUGCCAGGCAGCAUUGGGUCAGCAAAGCCAUCCACUGAGCUGCCCAUUGAGGUUCCUAAGCCAGAUGUAAGCCUAACUGUGAUCCCCAUUGUGGUGGUGGCUGGCAUAUCACCACUCCUUGUGAUCUUGUACUGCUGCUGGCGAAGACACUGCAAGAAAUCUCAAGCCAAAUCAAAGGAGAGUGCUGUCAUAUACAGUGACAAGGGUGAGGAGGCUGCAGCCACAGAGAUCACCCCAGGAGAGCCAAGAGAACAGCCAGAUAGGAGUGGACGUAGGGGCAGCAGCAUACUAGGACUGGCAGCUCUGUGGCAAAGACGAGCACAGAGCAACAAGUAUGAGGAAGGCAGCGUCAGAGGAGGCAGAGGGAAUAGAAAAGUGAGUGAAAUGUCAACAUCAGCAACAGAUGUAUGGGAGUUCCCUCGUCACCACCUCAAGAUACUAGGCAUCCUGGGAGAAGGAUGCUUUGGCCAGGUCUGGAGGUGUGAAGCAACAGGGCUGAAGGGUAAUGGGUCUAUGCUGGUGGCAGUGAAGACACUGAAGGAAUCUGCAGGAGACAGGGAACGACAAGACCUUAUACAGGAACUCAAAGUCCUCAAGAACCUGGGAUACCAUCCUAAUGUUGUAUCUCUCUUAGGAUGCUGUUCAGAAAAGGACCCAAUUUUUGUGAUCCUUGAGUACAUGGUGGGUGGAAAACUGCAGAGUUACCUGCGAGCUUCAAGAGCAGAUACAGCUUACAACAACUUGCAUGGCUCCUCCUCCUCCCUAACACCAAGGGACCUCACUCUCUUCACUUACCAGAUUGCUCGGGGCAUGGAGUUCCUUGCUCGCAAUGGGAUAAUUCACCGAGACCUGGCAGCCAGGAAUGUACUUGUAGGAGAGGAGAAGAUCUGUAAAGUGGCAGACUUUGGCUUUGCAAGAGAUGUGGCCAACAAUCGUGUCUAUGAGAGAAAGAGUGAUGGGAGACUACCUAUUAGAUGGAUGGCACCUGAAUCACUCUUUGACAACAUCUUCACCACUAAGUCAGAUGUGUGGAGCUUUGGAGUCCUACUCUGGGAGAUUGUUACUCUUGGUUCAACACCCUACCCAGGGCUAGGGGCAGUAGAGGUCAUGAGAAAGGUCAAGGAAGGUUAUCGCCUAGAAAAGCCUGACCACUGCCGUAGAGAGGUGUACAAUAUUAUGUAUUAUUGUUGGGACAAGGACCCCAAGGAGAGGCCCUCCUUCACCGAGCUGGUUCAUACCCUUGAAGGUCUUCUUAUGUCUGAGGUGGAAUACAUUGAGCUGGACCGAUUCCCCGAACAUACCUAUUACAAUGUCGUCUCUGAGAAGAGUGAUGAAUUGUUGUAAAGGAUCAAUUAUUUAUUUUAAAACAAUUUUAUAUCUAGUUACAAUAUUUGAAUGGAGUACACUGGGUCAUGAUGUUUGAAUAUUCCAUAAGAGAUACAUCAUUUCAGGCAGAAUAAUGUUAUUAUUACAUUAUUAAUAGUAACUACUGGUUAAAAAUCUGUGUGCUGUUACUGAGCAAGUUGAACAGAUAAUUCAUAUUCAUCAUACAUAUUUUAUCUAAAAGUUUGAAAUGAGCAGAUGAGUUGUAUGAGCACAGUACCAUAGUCAAAAUCCAAAUUACUUUCAUUUUUAAAUAUGCAUACGGAUUAUGUGCUCUCUACUCCCUUUCCUUGGAUUGAAGCUGAUUGCCUCCUAUUCACCAGGUGCUGUAUAACCUCUAUGGGUUUAGAGCUCCCAUAAAGGUACUGAUAAUGUUCCUUAUUAAAUUAAUGCUUCCUUCAAAAAAUAACCUUAAUUGACAUACUAAUAUGGUAUUAAGUGCUAUUUACUCUUAUUUUCAAUGACACUCAUUACAUGAGAGAGAGACUUGCACACACUAUGUAUCAGGUAAAACACUGAGUAACAAGUAUUAUUAAUUUUUGCAAUUGCAAAUGACAAAACUUGAAAAAAAAAUAUUUUCAGUCGCUUCCAUCAAGCAUGAUCUUAUCUCACAAAAACUUGCAAAAACUUGUUCAUAAUUACAGAUUGUAAAUGCUAUUAAUUGCAGUAAACAGAAAAAUAAUGUUCCUUUAAAAUGUUAUUUGAAAUUAAACAUUAUUGCAACAAUGGACAGUAUAUCUUGGGCAUCUGAAAAUCUUGUGUGGCAUCAGGAAGGUUUCUGUACUUAUACUUUCUGGGUGAUAAACUUAAGGUACAUGAAUGUUUGAUUUAACAAUAAUUAGUUUAGUGUGUGCAUUCAUACAUAUACAGUGGACCCCCGCAUAACGAUUACCUCCGAAUGCGACCAAUUAUGUAAGUGUAUUUAUGUAAGUGCGUUUGUACGUGUAUGUUUGGGGGUCUGAAAUGGACUAAUCUACUUCACAAUAUUCCUUAUGGGAACAAAUUUGGUCAGUACUGGCACCUGAACAUACUUCUGGAGUGAAAAAAUAUUGUUAACCGGGGGUCCACUGUACAUAUAUACAUAUGCAUACUUUUUUUUUUCAACAAACCGGCCAUAUCCCACCAAGGCAGGGUAGCCCAAAAAGAAAAAUGAAAGUUUCUCUUUUUAAAUUUAGUAAUUUAUACAGGAGAAGGGGUUACUAGGCCCUUGCUCCCAGCAUUUUAGUCGCCUCUUACAACACGAAUGCCUUACAGAGGAAGAAUUCUGUUCCACUUCCCCACGGAGAUAAGAGGAAAUAAACAAGAACUAGAAAGAAAACUCAAGAGGGGUGUGUAUAUAUAUGCUUGUACAUAUAUGUGUAGUGUGACCUAAGUGUAAGUAGAAGUAGCAAGACGUACCUGAAAUCUUGCAUGUUUAAGAGACAGAAAAAAGACACCAGCAAUCUUACCAUCGUGUAAAACAAUUACAGGAUUCCGUUUUAUACUCACUUGGCAGGACAGUAGUACCUCCCUGGGCGGUUGCUGUCUACCAACCUACUACCUACAA